CCGAUUAUGCAUAACUUUUCAGACACGAUCCAGUAGCAAAAAAGGAGCCCCAGAAUAAAAAUGUUUUACGAGUUAAAAAUCCUAAUUUGUGGCGUUUUAUUUGUCAUCCCGCACUCCGCGCAGGCCCGAUACUUCUAUCACGACGUGGACAACAGCUACUACCCCAUUUUCCGCGGGGGCAAUCGCGGAGGAAAUCCAUACGGCGGCGGCGGCGGCGAUGGCGACGACGCCUUCGAGUGCGCCCGAAUCCACGACCAGCCCAAUUACCAAGGCCGCUCCUCCGACUUUAAGGAUGGCGACAAGCUGCACAACUUCGGCUGGUAUAACAACAUCAAACCGCAGUCGGUGAGGGUCAAGUCGAGCUGCGCGCUCACGGUGUACGACUACUUUUGGAACAGGAGGACCUUCAAGGAUGACUCGCACUGGAUUUGGGGGGUAAUGAAAAAGUGGAACUACCCCGUCACCGCGGCGUGUUGCGAGUGCGGAGGGUGCGAAGGCCCCUCCGCGCACAAGGACCUCCAAUGCGCCAGGCUGUACGAGCAUGAGCGCUGCAACGGGUGCGACGGCUACAGGCUGGACUUGAAGUCGGGCGACAAAGUGAGAAACUUUGGCCAUCUGGAUAACCGCAUGUCCUCCAUCGUGGUGCGGCCGGGGUGUUACGUCAUCAGCUACUAUGACGCCAACUAUCAAGGAUACCGUGUCAACUUUACCAACUCCAUCAAUUUGUUUGGAGAUAACUGGAAUAAACACGUUUCCUCCGUGGAAUGCCAUUGCCCCCAUCAAGAUCCGUACCCCACUGCAGCACCCACGUGGCCGACUUACCCCACGGCCGCACCCACACAGCCACAUUGGACUUAUCCCACUGCCAUCCCUUUGCCCACGUGGCCGACCUAUCCCACAGCCGCACCCACGUGGCCGACUUACCCGACCGCUGCACCCACGUGGGACCCUUAUCCCACGUGGCCGACUUACUAUCCCGAUCACACCGUCACAAUUGAACCCUGGCUCACCGACCCUCCCGUCGCAACAAUUGAACCCUGGCUCACCGACCCUCCCGUCGCAACAAUUGAACCCUGGCUCACCGACCCUCCCGUCGCAACAAUUGAACCCUGGCUCACCGACCCUCCCGUCGCAACAAUUGAACCCUGGCUCACAAAUCCUCCCGCAACAAUUGAACCCUGGCUCACCGACCCUCCCGCAACAAUCGAGCCCUGGCUCACAAACCCCCCCGCAACAAUUGAACCCUGGCUCACCGACCCUCCCGCAACAAUCGAGCCCUGGCUCACAAACCCCCCCGCAACAAUCGAACCCUGGCUCACCGACCCUCCCGAAAUUACCGUCACACUUCCCGUCGUAACCAAACCUGCCGUUACCGUCACGAUGCCCGUCAUCACAGAAGCACCCGUCACAGCCCCAACCACUUCGGACUGGGGGGAUUAUCCCGACCCCAUCGCGACAAAUCCCCCGAGCAGCGAAGAAGACCAGGACCCCUUCCUUUCCUCGGAGGAAGAAGAUGAAAACGGAAAUGGUCGCGACAAAGAAGAAGAAACCGGAAAUGGUCACGACAAAGAAGAAGAAACCGACCCUUUCCCAGAAACUGGAGGAGGAGGAUCCGACGAUAAGACCGAAGAUAACAAACCUGACGACAAAGGUGACGAAGAUGACUCUGACGACGAUGACGACGGAUGGGGCGAUGACGACUCUGACGAAGAGGAAACCACCACCAUGAAAGCAAUGACCACCACGACCACGAAAAUGACCACUACCACCACGACCACGACCACGCCAGCCCCCACGACGAAGAAAAUUACCACCACGACAACUACAGAAGCGCCGGACGACGACGAGGACAAAGGUGACGAUUGGGGAGCGGACGAUUGGUAAUUAUUUAUUUAUUAAGGAUUUUAAAAUUUAGUCUGUUUUAGUACAAAAAUGCGUUACAAAAAAAUAAUAAAGUAAAGAAAUACAUGAGAUAAAUGCAUUUUGGUCCCACA